AAAUUGCCCAAAUUAACAAGGCGGCAGUCUUGGGCCAGACGUUUAGAAUAACAGUUCAUUUCAUGGAUUUCAUCAAAAAAAUUCGAGAAAAUCCCCAUCCUUUUGUGAUUGCAGAAAUAGGCCAAAACCAUCAAGGCGAUCUUCACAUUGCCAAGCAGCUGAUUAAGGUGGCAAAGGAAUGUGGAGCAGACUGUGCAAAAUUUCAAAAAACUUGCCCCAAAGAGAAGUUUACAAGUUCAGCACUGAACAGGCCCUAUCCAGGCGCAAACUCUUGGGGCCGAACCUAUGGAGAACACAAGGAAUUUUUGGAGUUUUCCGAAAAAGAAUUUGAAGAACUUCAAGCGUAUGCCGGAUCAAUUGGAAUACUAUUCACAGCCUCGGCUAUGGAUGAGGAAUCUUUGCGGUUCCUCCAAAGCAUCCAGGUGCCAUUCAUCAAGAUAGGCUCAGGCGACUCAAACAACCCAUUUCUCAUUGAAAAAGCUGCCCAAACUGGGAUUCCUCUAAUAAUCUCAACAGUUCCAGGGAUGAUUGAUUUGGAAACCGUCCAGAAAAUCCAUGGUUUGGUUUCAAAGCACCACAAAAACUUCGCCCUGUUGCAAUGCGUGUCCUCAUAUCCAACCCCUUGUGAGGACAUCAAUCUGCAAGUCAUCAGUCUUCUGCAGAAAUCUUUUCCAGACACUCUCAUUGGUUAUUCUGGGCAUGAGUUGGGGAUUCACUUGAGUGUGGCUGCUGUCGCUUUAGGAGCCAAGAUAAUUGAACGCCACAUUACGUUGGAUAAAACCCUGAAAGGUUCGGACCAUAAAUGCUCCUUGGAACCCCUGGAACUGAAAGCCAUGAUAGAGCAAAUGAGGACUCUACAGCUGGCUCUGGGCAAACCGAUCAAGAAAACGGAGCCAUCGGAAGAGCCCUGCUUUGAGAAACUAGGCAAGAGCUUGGUGUAUGCACGAAAAUUGUCCUGUGGGCACCCAGUGAGUCUGCAGGACUUAAAAAUCAAAGUUUCCAGCCCUAAAGGGCUGGACGGUUGGAAGUAUCUGGACGUUUUAGAGCGGCGCUUGAACUGCGACGUUGAUGAGGAGGAUCCAGUGCUUUGGAGGCAUUUUCUUCCCAAUUUAUAGCAAUUUGGCAGGCAGAAUUCUUAAAACUCCUGCAGUCAUCCGCGCCACUGGAUAGCAGUAAAAAUACACAGCACGUUCACAUGCGCGAUUAUUCAAAUAUAAGAACAAGUUUA